CAUGCACCCGAGCUUGAGGAUGGAGACGAGAGUUGUCUAAGGAGAUAUGGGACUCCGUGCAAGGAUAACUCGCGAAAUCUCUCAACAAGACAUUCUUCCGUCGUCGAAGUACCGACAGCAAUGGACGAUGGGAGCAGUUCUGUUGUCCAACGGACACCAGAAGAAGUCUGGUGGAUGAUCCUUGACGAUGUGAUCGAUGAACCACUAUUGUAUGCCACUAGUUAUAAAGGAGGUGACUGGUUCAAUGAUGGACACAUGUCAAGGCAGGAGUUUUAUGAUCGAUAUGAGAAACAAAGAAAGGUCAUCGGUUCUGUAUGCCGACUAUGGCAAACUUUCGCGCGAUACAAGAAGUUUCAUAGAGUAGGAUUGAAGGAUGAUACUGAUUGGGAUCAAGAGACGACGGGAAAGGCGCGCCACGUCUUACUCCAUUCGUCCUCCAUACUCUCUCGGUUUGCACCAGGUACGAGUGUAGAAUGGGAAACACGUCUCACAGCCCCACCUCCUAUUUACAGAGAUAUUAGGCGUAUUUCCAGAGAUAAAUUGGCUCGAUCUUAA